AGGAUUUUUCCAUGUAGAGCAGGGGCCUCCAACCAUGGUCCUGGAGAGCUACUGGGGCUGUUGGUUUUCGUUUCAACCAAUCUCUGUUAAUUAAUUGAAUCAAUUAUUGGCUUAAUUAGUCAAGAUUAACAGGUGUUCCAGAUCUUUAGCCACUGAUGAUGUCUAUACAACCUGGUGUAUAGCCCGAUUUCUACCUCCCUCAAAUGGAUGCAUAUUGCAUAGUGGAGGUGCACCACUUAAUGGAACUUUAGUCAUGGCAGACGAAUCUCUCUUUGAAUUUCUCCACAUGGAGAUGGUGGCCUAUGUUUACAAACAUCAAAGCGGGGACAACAAUGACCAGGAAAGGGGAAGUGCCUUAUCAACUUUGGAAGGCCUAGGUUUCCGAGUAGGACAAGGACUUAUUGAAAGGUUCACUAAAGACACCCCGUCUUUCAAAGAUGACUUGGAUGCCGUGAAGUUUCUCUGUAAAGAUUUGUGGAUAAACCUCUUCAGGAAACAGAUUGAUAACCUGCGGACGAACCAUCAGGGUACCUAUGUGUUACAAGAUAACAAAUUCAGUCUCCUGUCACAGUUCUCCAACAGCAAGCAAUACAUAGAGGAAGCCCCAAAAUACUUGGUGUACACGUGUGGCAUGGUGAGAGGUGCCCUGUCAAACCUGGGUAUUGACAGCGUUGUGACUGCAGAGGUCUCUGUCAUGCCAGCCUGCAAAUUUCAAGUCGUUAUUCAGAGGUCCUAAAAGUCUGGUCAUGCCAAGACAGGCUUGCAUAGUUGAUUUACUUAAGAGCCCCUUUGGCUUUCCAAAACCAGCGGCUCCUUUUUGUAGCUAGUUUUACUUUGCACACUAGUUACAGGGUUAAGGCAAAAUUUGAGACACCUGCCAUAACAGUGUCAAUAGAGGACAGUACAGAUCUGCAGUGUUUAAAUUGUUCUGACCAUCUCAGCUUUCUACAAAUUGUCUUUCCCAUCUUGACUGAAAUUGAAACUGAGGGAGGCAUAUAUUAUACAUGUCAGGGAUAGCAUUUGCAUAACAAUCAUUUGCUCAGUAGUGUGUGCAACAUCCUUUUCCAUUUUUAUUUGUCCAUCCAUUGUAAAUUCAUGUUAAAGAUGUGUCUUAGACAGUAAGGAACCUAGCAAACUAAAAGUGCUUGCAACAGCCACUGGAAAUAAUAUUUAAUUACACAAUGCAUUUUAAUACCUUUUUCAGACUGUGGUGUAUUGUGAUCUCCAGUUUCAAGCCGCAUUAUAGAAGCAUGGGACAGGUAUUCUAAUAUUCUGUUUUGAAAUGUUGACAAAGUGACCGUGUUCCAAUGCAUUCAUAUAACAGAAUUUUUAAAUGUUUAAAAAAUAUAUGAUGCAAACACUUCCAGAUGCCCACACCAUAAUUAUAUUUAGCACAUGCCUGCCGUCAACCACAAUCUGGAAAUACUAAACAAAGACUGCUACACUGUUAUUGAAACAUACUGCCGUGUAUUUUAAAAAUCUAAUUAGUAGAGUUCUUUAUUCAUUGUAUUUGUCUUUAAGGAUGUCAAUAUGGGGGAAAAACAAAACAUGUAUAAAUAAAUAAAAUUGACUGUCUAAGGGGUUUGCUACAGUUUAUACAAUCUGUUGCUGUAUCAUUAAACUUUAAAGUCAAAAUAAGCAAGGCCCAUAGGUCUCUCUCUCUCUCUCUCUCUCUCUCUCUCUCUCUCUCUCUCUCUCUCUCUCAUAUUUUUUUGAAAUAUUAAGCCAUUAAGUUUUUUUAACAUGUUUGAAAUUCCUGACAUUCUGUUUUUGCAAUAUAGAUGCUAUGUUCUAUUGUUUACCCCAUUUUAAUGAAAGGUGGCAUUGUGUGUUAAAAAAUACAUUAAAAUGUUACAGGAAAAAAAAAAAUUAGGUGGUCUUUUUAAGGGCUGUUAUAUUGGUUUGUGCCACCAGGGGGCAGUGUAGCAUGAGGCAUACAUACGGCUGCCAUAGCUUUACAUAGGUCUGAUAAUGCAGGUUGCCAAUAAUCGCAACAAUUGCAAAAAAUGUUAUUUAUUUUAAAUGAUUGUUAUUGUCCCUGAAAGCUGCUUUUCAUAAAUGAGAAACCUAAUAAGAAAAGCAUUGUUUAUGGAUGUGCUCAUGGUUCAUGGUGAGUUGUUGGUACUAACACAUGUAAUAUGAUAGGGGUAUGUUAUUGAUUUGACUGUCUCAAUUGACCGGGGGUUAGACAAUCUAAAUAGGGCUCUUUAUAUAACAAGGGUAUGAAAGUCAAACAUAUAGCAGUGCAAGGAAGUGUCUGUAGUGUAUGUCUGUAAAACUAUGUGGUCAAUAAGGAGUUUAUUUAGAUCACUUCAAUGUGUCUUUGAUAGUUUAUAGUUAAUUAAUGUACUUGUAAAGUAUACUGUGCUGUGAAAAUCAACAGGAUAAUUGGCUUUACCAAAGUAAAGAGGUUUGAGGGGGAGAAACCCAGCAAACAGCAAAACAAUAAAAGGUGUGAGAGUGUGGUUAUGCUAAUGAGAAAAUAGUAAUGCAUCAGAAAUUAGACAUGUUGUUUUGUAUAUAAAGGCUCACCAGUCCCUUUUAUAAAAGGCUAUGUUACUUACAAUACCUGGCUUUCUGUUUUAGGUUCAAACCUCUACGUAUACUCUACACUGUUAGUAUGUUUCAUGCCAAACUGUUUUCCCUGAUGCUGUUUCUGGAGUCUGCCUGCUGUCAUGGUUCUUUAUGUGUUAAAUAACCUGCACUGUGUGUAAUUGUAAGGGCGUGGUUCUGAAAUGCUGGAUUUUAAAAAGCAUACAUCUUCAGACAUUUUCAUUUCUUUAGUUUGGGCAAAAAUAAAAUGUAUGUUACAGUUUCUUCAGGUAACAAUUGCUGAUGUGCUUGUAAACUAGUCUGUAAAAUAUAGAAGUUUGUAUUUUUUUUGUAAAAUAAAUAGCAUAUCAGGCAAAAUUACAA